GGAGAAACACCGGAGAGUAAAGAUGGCAGAGAAGAGCAGCACGGAUCACACGGAGGAUGCAAAUGUAGAUGAAAACGCUGCUCCCGGACUAUCAUUAAUGAUUGUCACCGUUAAAACCCCCAAUGGAAAAGAGCAAAUCGCGAUUUCGGAGGAUUCUCCUGUCUCUCAGUUCAGACAGGAGGUCUCCAAAAAGUUCAAGGUCCAGCUGGACAAACUGGUGUUGAUAUUUGCAGGAAAGAUCCUGAAGGAUGAUGAGACUUUAAAGCAGCAUGGUAUCAAAGACGGUUUGACUGUUCAUCUCAUCAUCAGGGCUGCACCAAAAUCGACAGGUGACGGUACGUCUCAGACAAGUUCCAGUUCUGCAACAGCUCAGAGUAACAGCAGCACCAAUGCAGCUGUAACGGACAGAGCAGGAGGCAGCUCGAGUCAGACGCCGACACAACCGGCCAGCCUCUCAGCACCUGCUAACGCAGCCAGUGGACUCGGUGACCUGUCCGGCUUGUUAGGUCUGGGCGUGCGCGCGUCCAGCUUGACGGAGAUACAGCAGCAGGUGCAGAGCCAGCUGAUGUCCAACCCACAGAUGAUGUCGCAGAUCAUGAGCAGCCCGCUGGUCCAGAACAUGAUGUCCAACCCAGACCUGAUGAGACAGAUGUUAGCCGGCAGUCCUCAGACGCAGCAGCUCAUGGGACAGAACCCGGACGUCUCCCGCCUGUUGAGCAACCCCAGCGUCAUGAGACAGAUGCAGAAUCCUGAAACUCUGUCAAUGCUGACCAACCCCAGAGCCAUGCAGGCCCUCAUUCAGAUCCAGCAGGGCCUGCAGACCUUACAGGCAGAAGUCCCAGGAUUCAUGUCCAGAUUGUCUACUGGAGGUCUCAUGGUUCCUCCAGCCACAAGAGGCGGCGUCCCCCCAGAGACCCCUCCGCCAACUGUCACGGCAACAGGAGCCAGUCCCGCCGCAGCCGGCGAUCCCUCCCAGCAGCAGCUCAUGCAGCAGAUGUUACAGAUGUUUGCAGGCGGAGGGCCAUCACUUCAGACCCCGGAGGUUCGCUUCCAGCAGCAGCUCGACCAGCUCAACGCCAUGGGCUUCAUCGACCGCCAAGCCAACCUGCGGGCACUCAUCGCCACGGGAGGGGAUGUUAACGCCGCCAUCGAGAGACUGCUGGCCUAACUAGCCCAGCUCAUCCUGGGGCUGAAGGCUUGUAAAGGUGUGAACCAGCGUUGUAGAUUUUUAAGAUUUUAAUUCAUAAACACACUCCGGCAUCAAAAGCAAGUGUGACCUGACACCCAGAUUAACGCAUCUGCGUUCAUGCAGCUGAUCUGUAAAUCACAGGACGGAUAAACUGGGACGUUUGGAAUCAUAGUGGGAGAAAUUGAGGGAAUAUGCUGGUGGUUUCGAACAGAUUUGGUCCUGUACUGCUGCUCCACCAAUGAUUUACUCCUGUCAGUCCAGACGCAGAUUAUUUCUGACAUGAAAAGUGGUCGUUCAUUGGAUGUCUGCAUGAGGUCACCAAGGAUUUUAACAGAUUGUAUUAAGGUGCUUUGAUAAAGAGUUGUAAUUUGGUUGUUGAGUUUGAUGGUGGUUUACUGUACAAUCGCUUGUUUUUACGUGUUUUCAUCCUCCUGCCUGGUAUUCAUUGAAGUUGUCUCUUUAUUUAAAGGUUCAGUGUGUGCAUUUUAAAUACAAUUUGUGGCGUCUAGAGGUGAGGAAUGCAGACUGCAAACAGCUAUAGCCUCUCCCGAUUGAAACUGUUUCCUCUAUACUGUUUGGCACGCUGCAAACUGGCCGCUCGUCCAGCACUUGCUAUGUAUGUUAACCUUUUUCUGUGGUGAUUAUUGAAUGUGCACGAACCUUAUUUCUGAUCCAGACACAAGGAGGUUUUCACGGCAAGCUGAAAUAUCUACAGAGGUCUCAUCCUCUCCAAAACAAACAGACCAGGUGAUUUAAAUGAUAAAAACACAGAUUAAAGCAGUUUUACUUUAAAAAAAAUUGUGUUUUCCAAUACUGUCAUCACAGAGAGGCGUCUUAUUAUGAGGGCCAAUGCAAAAAGCCGAAUGUCCCUAUCUAGAGCUGGAGUUUUGUUUGUCCAUUCUGGGCUACAGUAGAAACAUGGUGAUCUCCGUAGAUGAGGACCUGUUCCCGAUGUAGAUAUAAACAGCUCAUUUUAUUUCCUCUUAAAAAAACUUUUGUCAGUACUGAUCUUUGGUUGUGUGGUCGGCACGGCUGCCUAAAUGUUUUAGGAGGAGGUUAAAAAACAACGUUUUCACAUUGUUGGACCAAGUUUGUGUAAUGUGUGUCGAUAAGGGCUGGAUAAUGUGACAUUUUGAGUGGGAGAGAUUUUUUGUUGACACAUGUCCCUUUAAUAUCUAUGGUUUGUGUUGCCUGACUGUGAAAUUGGAUUUACAGGAUUUUCUUUGAGUACUUUUGUCAUGUUUUUAUUUGCAGAAUUAGGGAAAACAAUAAUUUCUAUGUAAUAGUUUUCAUCUAUAAAUGUGUCUACAGAAUCACAAUAAAGCCUUAGUAAUUGUAUAUACAUAAGACGGAGGUUUUUAUUUACAUCAUGCACCCCGAGAGAAUAAACUUGCACCCAUUUGCAUUUUUGGUUAGAAAUGAUGAUAUUACGAUGAACUGUGGUUGUGGAUUACUCAAUAGAAAUCACUAAAAGCCACUAAGGAAUAAUUUCAUUUACAAGUAAAUGAAAUGAUUUCUGCAUUUAAAAAAACGAAUUUCAACACAAGCAGUGAAGUGCCUAAAUAUAAUGUUGUGUUCUUCAUGUUGCAAAAUGAUUGUGUGAAAUCUACGUGUGUCUCCCUAUGGACGCUAAGAAGCCAAAACAUGUUAAUAUAUUUUUCAGUCCAAUAGAUUAUCCGUAAUGUGUCUUGUUUAUUUUAAAUAUAUGUGAAUGAUUUAUUUUGGUAAUAGAAUUUAAGCUGUGUAAUAAACUUCUGAUAGAAAUUUUACAUUUUUGCCUUUAGCUCAUCAAAUUGUUUGCUGCUUCCACUGAUAUCUGAAAUAAAUCCUCCUAAAAAAAGUAAGCACUGUCAUUGUGAGUAACAGAGGUCUGUAAUGUUCUGUGCAGCGCUGCAAAAAUAAUUAAACUGAUGAAAUAAUACCUCAAAUACUAUUCUGUAAGAGUCUGUCUUAAAUAUUAAAAAAUAAAAUGAC